UACCGCCAUUGGCCUGCGCCCUUGCUCGGCGCGUCUUAAAAGCUCUCCGCCGCCGGCCAGGCCUUCCACAGCGCUGCAGAAAUAUCGGGGCAACCCCGGGGCAGACAUGGCGAUGCCGGCCUCCAGCUUGCCUUCUUUUUCCUCGUUCCGCAAGGACAGCCGCUCGACUUCCCAACAAUGGUCCUGCGGCUUGGAAGCUGCGAUGCCGGUCAGCCACUGCCCCUUGGCGGACCUGAGGUCGAGGAUGGAGGGUGUCACCGCCGCCCCUAUCCGGGACGAAGAGCUGAGCACCGUGUUGGAUCUGGUCCUCUCCAUGGGCAGCAGCGACAACAGCCUCUCGGACAUGCCCCGGGGAGAUUACUCCAGAUCGAACGAUUAUUUCGGGAUGGAUACUGCAGCUGGAUACUACAGUCCGUGUGACACUCGCACGCCAACUCCCUAUAGCCCUCUUUUCCCUUCCGAAUCGGAUGCCUCCGACCUGGAGUGUGGGAAUUUCACCCACGGAAGUUUCUUCGUGGGCUUUGCCUCCGGGUUGGGGAACCUGAAGUCAGAACCCAAAAUGGACACUUACAAACCUCUGCCGGGCCUGGGGUCCCAGGUUUGCACCAACAUCAAGCAGGAGAACACCCCGGCCCCCUGUAUGCUGUCUGGCUCUCCCCGGCUGCCUUGUGCAGAGACUCCACCACUGAGCCCCGAUGACCUGCUGAUGGCCACCAAGCGCCAUGGACAGUUGAUGCCUCUCUCCCAGCAGGGCUACCACCCAAGCUUCCCACAGCCCCAGUUCCCCCAGAGACCCUCCCCUUAUGGACUCUUUGACGAGAGCCUUCCCUGUCAGGCUUCGACCUCCAGGACCCUUCUCACUCCACCUGCCUCACCCCUGGAAAUGCUGGAAACCAAAACGAAGCGGGGACGCCGCUCUUCGUCCCGCAAACGGACCGCCACACACACUUGCACUUAUGCUGGCUGUGGAAAAACCUACACCAAGAGCUCCCACCUGAAGGCACACCUUCGAACUCACACAGGUGAGAAACCCUACCACUGCAACUGGGAAGGGUGCGGCUGGAAGUUUGCUCGCUCAGAUGAACUGACCCGCCAUUAUCGGAAACAUACUGGGCAUCGUCCCUUUGAGUGCCACCUGUGUGACCGGACCUUCUCUCGUUCUGACCACCUGGCAUUGCACAUGAAGAGACACAUGUAGCUUUCUCGUCACACCUGUGCCAUGACCUGAACUCGGGGUUGGGAGGGGGGAAAUCUUGUAGCUGGUACUACUACAUCUGUUCUACGCAGAGAAAUGACUUGGAGUGAACCCUGACCCGAGGAAGCCGGCCGUUCCAGUGCUUCCUGAAGAGGCCAAGAACCUGACUGACUGUUCUUUCUUUCGCCAUGGAAGAAUAGGACUUAUUUAUAGGAUGGAGAAGAGACCAAACUGGGGAACUGCAGCCCUGAUAUUCCAAAGGCAUUUUUAGAGCUUGGAAGACCUAGCACAUCUGCCGUGAAUAUUAUGUGGACGUUUAUAUAUUCAGACUUAAUCAAAUGCAAUUUACUUAACCAAAUACUUUUUUUACAAUUGCUAUUUUUGGCUGCAAAAUCUGGACUCGCAAAAAAGGCAGAUAAUAGUGUGGACGCUUUUAAACUGUGGUGCGGGAGGUGGCUAUUAUGCAUCCUAUCCACACACACACACACAAAAAUCCAAAAACCAAUUCCUUGACCGACCCUCGCCAAAAAUAUUACUUGAAGCUAAAAUCGAGGCUGUCAUACUUCGGUCAUGUCAUCAGAGCUGACUCACUCAAAAAAUCAAUUGGGCUGAGAGUGAUCGGCAGAAAAAGAAGGGGGGGGCACCCCAGCACCUGCUGGCUGGUUACUCUAAAAAAUGACAGAGAGAUGGCCAUGGCAGACCUGAAGAAGGCAAUGCAAACCAAAGUGAUCCAUAGAUCACUUCCGGCCGAGGGUCGAAAACAACUGAAUGGCUGACGACAGAAAAGAGACAAAGGGCUGGCUAUA